GCCUCCCGAGUGCUGGGAUUAAAGGCGUGCGCCACCACCGCCCGGCUAUUUUCUGAAUCUUGGACAGCCAAAAGUUUCUGCAUUCACCAAAAUUAAAUUUGCUGUGCCUCGUUAGCAUGCUUCCCAGAAGGCAAACUUGUUUCUGUGUCAGGAACAUCACAAUUUCACCGCCUAGUGCAGAACAGCACAGGAUGAAUUCAGCACUAGGCUGUUGCUGGACUGACUGACCGCUGACUCCUGAGACACCCAUUUUCUUUCCAAAUCCCAAAUUCCUGAAAUGCCCUCCCCCGGGACAAUAUUGCUAAUAGUGUAGAUCUGGAUGUUUGACUGGCAAUAUUGGAGGUCUGUAAAGGAAGAAUGAAGAUACUCUUUAGAGUGACUGCAUCUGCAUAGUGACGGAAAUGAUUAUCCGCCUUCCCACGAUAGCUCUCCAGAGUGAGUUACUCUGUCCUAAGUUUCAAUAGUUCAUAUAGGAGUAGACCAUGCCCCUGGAACUUCACUUUUAUGGUUAAGUAGUGCUACUUGCAUGGAGCAUUUUCUUUUCAUUUGUUUUCUUUGACACAGCCACUCAGCAUCUCUAUCGUGUCUCCAUGUCUCUUAUGUGGUCGCUUUGAGUUAUUAUUAUGCUUAUUGCAUUUUUCACAUUUUGUUUCAUUUCAGUUUGGCUGUUUUCAGUGUUUCAAACUACUCAUUGUAUUCAUAUUUCCUUCAGGCAUUUGUUGCCCGCGGAUCAUUUUGCUUCUGUUUUUGAGUUGACUCACAUGUUUUACAUGCUUGACCAUCUUGACCAUGACUUAGGUUUUUGAGUUCUGUAUAUCGCAUAUCAUUUAAAUUUUCUCUCCUUAGGGGUUUAGAGGUUUGGUUUUUGUAUUGAGCCAAGGGCAUUUUUACCUUUAUUUUAAUUUGUAUUGAAAAUUUAUAGAGUGUCCUUUGUCUUUUGCUGUAUGUUUUUAACCCCGGAGGCUGGUAUCCCAAGAUGAGAAGUUAGGCAGGAAAACUUGUCUCUGAAGGUUUCAUAACUCAAUGUGGGGUGCAGCUCUGGUCUAGGCUGCAGCAAGCGUGUGUGGAGUCUGUGCAGAGCUGGUCCAGGGCAGCCUGACAGCUGGAGCUAAGGGGAAGGCGGCGGGAGACCGAGUGGGAGGGGCGGGUCCCCAAAGAAAACAGCUGGAUGGAUUUAGGAAAUAAUUAACAAAUGGAGGGCGCAGUAGCCGGGUUUAGAACAAACACGUAACCGUAAGCGGGAGUAUUAGGCGGGGCCCAGAAGGAAAUACUCCAGGAACCACGCUGAAAAAACCGGGAAUGCGACCAUUCCCUGUUGGACUCCGGCAACCGCGCGCUGCAGACCCGGGUGCGGGGGACACGGCGGGCGCCGCGGGGACCUGGAGACUCCGGAGCCGCAGUGUCUGCGCGGGGCGGACGGCCUGGGAAAGUCAGCGUCAGCAGCAGCGCAGUGGCGGGAACCGCAGCCCGGCGGCCCUGGAACCUCCCAGUUUCAACAAGAAUUCCAGUCUUUGUUUCUGAGAGAGAAAUUGAGAGAAGAACAAUGAGAAGAAUGAAUUCUUUUGUGACAAAUGCACCCCAGAGUCUGUUAUCGUUCAGGGAUGUGGCUGUGGACCUCUCACAGGAAGAAUGGGAAUGUCUAAACUGUGCUCAGAGGGCUUUGUACAUGGAUGUGAUGCUGGAGAAUUACAACAACCUACUCUUUGUGGGGAACCAUUGCACAUUUGGUAAAUAUGAGACAGUCUUGGAUCAAGGCACAAAGCAUAUUGUCCAUGAUCAUAUGAAUAUCCAAGAGAAACCUUCUCAAUAUAAUGAAAUUGGAGAAGUUAUUCAUGAACCUUCUGAAAGUGUACCGUAUGACAGAAAUGACAUUGCAGAAAACUGCAAGGAGGGCUGUUUUUGUAGCCAUGGAGACACCUCUGUUGAAUCAUUUAACAGAAACAGACAUAAAAGUGGGAACACUGGAGAAGAACCUUACAAAUACGAAGAGUGUGUAAACUCUUUAGAUUUGUGUUCCAUUGUUAGUCAAAAUCAAAGAAUCCACUCAGGAAAAGAAGAACACAAGGAUACAGACUAUGAUAAACCUUUUGAUCCUAAACACACACUCACAAUGAAAGGAGCCAAUACUGCCAAGAAGCCACAGCAAUGCAAGAAAUGUGGAAAAUGGUUCAAGAUGUACUCAAGCCUCAGCAGACAUCAGAGAACUCAUGCAGGAGAGAGACUUUCUGAAUGUAAACAAGGUAAUAGUCCCUUCUAUACUUGGUCACACCUUGAAUACAAUGGUCGAACCUAUACAGGAGAGAAACUUUACAUAUGUAAUGAAUGUGGUAAAUCCUUUUGUAGAUUUUCUCAUCUUAAAAGACAUCAGAGAAUCCACACAGGUGACAAAUAUUACAAGUGUAGUGAAUGUGAGAAAUCCUUUACCCAGAAAGUCAGUCUUAGAGCUCAUCAGAGAAUCCACACAGGAGAGAAGCCUUACAAGUGUAGUGACUGUGACAGAUCCUUUACCCAGAAUAGCCAUCUUAGAACUCAUCAGAGAAUGCAUACAGGAGAGAAACCUUACAAGUGUAGUGAAUGUGAGAAAUCUUUUACCAAUAGUAGCCAUCUUAGAGCUCAUCAACGAAUACAUACAGGAGAGAAACCAUACAAAUGUAGUGAAUGUGACUUUACCUGUGGCUCUCAUCUUAGAAGACAUCAGAAAAUACAUACAGGAGAGAAAACUUACAAAUGUAGUGAAUGUGAGAAAUCCUUUGCCGAGAAGAGCAGUCUUAGAAUUCAUCAAAAAAUACAUACAGGAGAGAAUCUUUACAAGUGUAGUGAAUGUGACAAAUCCUUUAUCCGGAAAGGCUGUCUUAUAACUCAUCAGAGAAUACAUACAGGAGAGAAACCUUAUCAGUGUAGUGAAUGUAACAAAUCCUUUACCCAGAAAAGCAAUCUUAGAACUCAUCAGAGAAUUCAUUCAGGGGAAAAGCCUCACAAAUGUUGUCACUGUGAGAAAUCUUUUAUCCAAAAAGCCAGCCUUAGAACACAUCAAAAAAUUCAUAUGAGAGAUGCCUUAGGAAUUUAAAGUAUGCAGAAAAGCCUUGCUUGCUUCUCAUGUAAGAAAUCACCUGAAAAUUCAUAACUGUGGAGAAAGUUUUUCAUAGAAAGUAAGGUGGAAUUUGCUUUCACCGAACUCUGCCUUAACUGCAGUUGAAGCGUUUGUACCGGAGAAUCAUGAAAGAGAAACUUGUGAAAAACCUUUAAAUAAUGUUUAAUCUUGGAAACAAGAAUUUAUGUUGAGGGAAGUUCUGAAAAUGUCACAAUGUAGGAAAAUGUUCAUUAAAACUUUAUUUGUUCAACCUUGAAUACUUCAAAAUGAAGACACCUGAAGAACAUGUUGUUGUGUAACAGUUUCCUGGAAACUGAAUCCAUCCACUCUGAAAGGAAGCUGAAUGAGGAGGACAUAGAACUUGAAACUCCAAAGAGCUUCAAGAAAUCCCUGCAUCUGACAAGAUUCCAUAUGCUUAACUCACAUGAAGAAACUCAGACAAAUCAUGCCCCUUAGUAAAAGAUUUGGCAAGUUAAAUCACCAAGACUGGCAGUCCUUUUGUUUGUUUGGUUUUGGUUUUUUGAGCUUUGAAGGCUGUCCUGGAACUAGCUCUUGUAGACCAGGCUGGAUCUGUCUGCCUCUGCCUCCCGUGUGUGGGGAUUAAAGGCAUGUACCACCACUGCCCAGCGCUGACUGGCUGUUCUUUAACCUGUAGAUAUACUCAUGUUUGCUCUGGGUAUCCAGUAUUCAUUAGGUGUAUCCCAUGCUGGUUGAUUCUAAUGAUGACAGCUGGUUUUUGUUUUGUUUUGUUUUGUUUUGUUUUGUUUUGUUUUGCCCCAUAGCUCUGGUAAAGUAUUCCUUUCCCAUAUUUCUAUAAGGAAGGCAAAUAAAGCUGAUUGGGUCAACAAGUUA